AUGGAAGAAAGCCGAGACUUAGCGAAGGGAUUUUCAAAACGGGAUAAGUCCCUCCUAAGUUCGUUGGGGCAGGAAUUGACCGAUACAUUAAAAUCGCCAGAUCCACCAACAAAAGAUGCAAAUGUGUGGAAAAGAGUAAUUAAGCUCAAAAGCGAAAUAAAGAAGAAAUUGGCACACAAUACAAGUGAAACGCGAGAAACUGGUGGCGGACCUUUCACAAAACAUAUAUUGACCGAAUCUGAAGAAGCCAUUGUCCGAAUUUGUGGAAUGACGCGGGCGGUAGAGGGUGCACCGCGGAUAUCAUUAGAUCAGAUCCAGGAGCCAGGCGAUGAACUAAGCGACGAAAUUCCAAUGAUAUCUUCGAAGAGGGAGCCGAAAGCAAUAGAAAAAGGUACUGAAUCGUUUGAAAGGACAACAACAUAA